AUGACUCCAACUUCCAUGGACACAGUGGUACCUGGUCAUCCAUCUGGACCGGAUUUACCCACUUCCUAUCGAUCAAGUCCGCAACGCUUGCCUGUCGCAUCACAGCUAAACCAUUCGACCAAAGUGGCUUCACUUCCAGCUUCUGUGACCCGUCCAGUGGUAGCUGAUGUGUCUCAUUUGGCUUCACCGGAUGAACAGCCAAGCAAAUUGGAUGAACCCAUGUCAGAGACGCUGAAACCGCCAUCACACGCCGUUGUACACACGUCCCGCUGGAACGAGGAUCGAUUGCCCACAUUCGCUCCGGAAUUGUUGCCCGAUUUACCUCGUUUACAUCGAGAUCCACAACGUGGACGAACCAAAAGCGGCAGUCAAGACAGUUCGAAUGAAUCACCCAAGGAUGGAACUGGUAAUCAUUUUCCCAACUUUACCGAUUCUAUACCGCCCGUAUCCGUCGUUCGUGGAGAAUUUGGCUCGGGCAAAUCAAGCUCUUUGUACCUCACAAAUUCUUCUCAAGGCUUACCACCGCGCCCUGUACCAGGCACUUCUGACACCGGACUACGACUUUCCCAUUCCCCAUCCCCUCAUCCGAAAUCCACGCUGAAUUCCUCGUCUCCGCUUUUGGCCGCCCCAUCCGUUCGGGAUCCGUAUGGGCCUCGUGGUCCGGUCAAUCCGCCCCGAAGUUCAUUUGUUUCACCACCACCAACCCCGACAGCCGAUUGUCCACAGUAUCAUCCACCGGAACAUUUACAACCGGUCGAUUGGCCCAGUUCCGGUCGAACGUCUGCCGAUUUGCAGCCCCGAUCCGAAAGCGGGAUACAUAAAGCACCAAAAGUGGCUCCGAAACCGCAUUUGGCUGGCUCGUUCAACUAUUUGCAAGUAAGAUGGAAACUGAUCAAUUUCUUUUGUUUGAAUCACUUGAAUCCAGUGUUUUCAGAAUUCAGUCCCGAUUCCAAUCAUGUGACGAAUACCACGUCGUUCCUACGUCGAUUAUUGGUUGAUCUUUAA